UAUACUGUAUGUGGACGAGCCGGAGAGACACUACUCACGUUUACAGCUUCAUAUGCAAUCACACAAACAAAACACACGCGAGGACCGCUCGUCGGGGGAGCAAUGGCAAGGAAAAGUGCGAUUCCAUCUUCAUACUAUGAGAACAGUGAAACAUGACUGCACUGAAAGGAGGAUACUACAAGGCAGAAUUAGGGGAGCCACACAAAUUUGACCCCACAUUCCGAGGACCUGUUCACACUAGGGGCUGCACAGACGUGCUUUGCUGUGUGACCUUCGUCAUCGUCAUCCUCGGUUACAUCGCUCUGGGAACAGUGGCUUGGAUGCAUGGGGACCCCCGGAAAGUGGUCUACCCAACAGACAGUUAUGGGGAGUUCUGCGGACAGAAGGGCUCUCCAAAUGCAAAUAAAGCCAUAUUAUUUUACUUCAAUAUUUUACAAUGUGCCAAUCCUACAGUCCUCAUUAACCUUCAGUGCCCUACAACUCAGCUUUGUGUAUCUAAGUGCCCGGACAGAUUUGCCACAUACAUAGACAUGCAGUACAACUACAGACGCAAUAGGAGCUACUGGGAAUACUACAAGCAAUUCUGCCAGCCAGGCUUUAAUAAUCCUGAUAAGCCGGUUGCUCAGGUGCUAAGGGAUGAAGACUGUCCCUCCAUGAUUGUGCCAAGCAGACCAUUUCUCCAGAGGUGCUUUCCCGAUUUCAUCACCAGAAAUGGGACGUUAACAGUUGCCAACAAAACAAGCUUUAAAGAUGGACUCGGUAAAGCCAGGAGCGUCAUCGAUCUGAGAGAUGCCACAAAAGGCAUCACCAGCCUGUUGGAUGCCAAGGAGGUGGGCAUCAAGAUCUUUGAGGAUUAUGCCAGCUCAUGGUUUUGGAUCCUGAUUGGUCUGGUGAUAAGCAUGCUGGUCAGUCUGCUCUUUAUUCUGCUGCUGAGGUUCACUGCUGGUGUUCUCUUCUGGAUGGUCAUCUUUGGUGUCAUCACAGUGGUGGGCUAUGGAAUAUAUCAUUGUUAUUGGGAAUACAGUUCACUCAAGGGGAAGCCAGACUCUGAUAUCACUAUUUCAAACAUUGGAUUUCAGACUGACUUCCGCGUUUACCUUCAACUGAGUCAAACCUGGCUGAUAUUCAUGACAUUCUUGUCUAUGAUUGAGGCUGCCAUCAUUUUAGUGCUGAUAUUUCUGCGAAACAGAGUUCGUAUUGCCAUCGCUCUACUAAAGGAGGGGAGCAAGGCAAUUGGGUGCAUCAUGUCAACACUUUUCUAUCCCAUCAUCACCUUCCUGCUGCUGGCUUUGUGCAUAGCGUACUGGGCCGUAACAGCUGUAUUCCUAGCAUCAUCUGGUGAACCAGUGUACAAAGUUAUGUCAACACUGCCUGACUGCAAGUAUACAAACCUCACUUGUGACCCAGAGACCUUCAGCCAAUCAAACAUGACUAAACUAUGUCCAGGCUCCCAGUGCACAUUUGCUUUUUAUGGUGGAGAGAGUGUGUACCACUGUUACAUCUUUGUUCUUCAGCUCUGCAAUCUUCUUGUCUUCCUCUGGUUGGUGAAUUUCACCAUAGCCCUGGGCCAGUGCACCCUAGCAGGGGCUUUUGCCUCUUACUACUGGGCCUUAAGGAAGCCUGCUGACAUUCCACCUUACCCCUUAGCUUCAUCAUUUGGAAGGGCUUUAAGGUAUCACACUGGCUCGCUUGCAUUUGGAGCUUUGAUUCUGUCCAUCGUACAAUUCAUACGGAUUGUUCUGGAGUAUCUCGACCACAAACUGAAAGGUGCUCACAAUGCUUUUGCGCGCUUUCUUUUGUGCUGCCUCAAGUGUUGCUUCUGGUGCCUUGAGCGCUUCAUCAAGUUCAUGAACAGGAAUGCUUACAUUAUGAUUGCAAUAUACGGCAAGAAUUUCUGUGCCUCAGCGCGGGACGCUUUCUUCCUUUUAAUGAGGAAUGUUAUGAGAGUUACUGUUCUGGACAAGGUGACUGACUUCCUGCUGUUCUUAGGCAAACUGCUGAUCUCAGGAAGUGUGGGUGUCCUUGCUUUCUUUUUCUUCACCCGCCAAAUUCCAGUUAUCCAGGAAGAGGUGCCAUCAUUAAAUUACUAUUGGGUCCCUUUACUGACUGUGAUAUUUGGAUCAUAUAUGAUUGCACAUGGAUUCUUUAAUGUGUAUGCCAUGUGUGUAGAUACAUUGUUCCUCUGCUUCUGUGAAGAUCUUGAAAGGAAUGAUGGCAGUCCAUCCAAACCUUAUUACAUGCCUCUAGGCUUGCAUAGGAUACUUAAAAAAAAACUGACAAUACAAGCAAAACGUAUGCUGUGUCCUGAACUUCCCAUCUCAGUGGGACUUAAAGAACAGCACUAGUAAUGUAGCACACUGCGUCUAUCCCGCAGCCGAGCAUGGCCUUCUGGGAUAUGGAAUCAGGAGCCAAUAACAUCCCUUGCAUUGCCUUUGAACUUUCUGUUGAUACUGUCUGGCUCUUUUGCGAUUUUGCUUUACUGUUUUUCUUUUUCCUUCUUUUUCUUUCUGCUGGUAUUACAGUAUGUCCAUAAUUGCCUUACCCACUUACCUAAAGAAAUUAAAGGGAUAGUACACCCAAAAAUGAAAAUUUUGUCAUUAUUUACUCAUGUUCUUUCAAACCCAUAUGACUUUCUUUCGUGAAACACAAAAGAUGUUAGUUCUUAUCCUCAGUCACUUCUUUCACUGCAUCUUUUUAUUUUGAUAACAUACAAUAAAAGUGAAUGGUGAUAGAGGCUGUCAUUCUGCCUUACAUCUCUUUCUUCCACGGAAGAAAGUCAAAUGUGUUUGAAACGACACGAGGGAAAUUAUGACAGAAUUGUUAUUUUUUGGGUGAGCUAUUCCUUUCAGGUUUGAUAAUGCUGUGUUAGCCAGUUAUUUAACAAGUCAGGGUAAAAGGUUUUAUUCUAGAUAUUUACUCUAAUAAGAAACAAGCUAUCUUGCGGUAUCUGUUAGUUUCCUCCUACUCUUUGUAUAGAAAACUUGAUUUCAUGCCAUUUUUGUUUUAUAAGCUCUUAUAGUACAUUGAUGUGCACAUGGAUUGACUGAUUUUAGUCUGUGAGUCAAAGGCAUUUUAUAUUAGCUUUGUCAUAACUUAAUGGCUAGUGCCCAUUGUAUGGAGAGAAUCAGAAUAGUUACAGUGUAUAUUCUCUCAUAACAAUGUUUUGAAGAAAUCUAAGAAUUUUCAGGUGUUCUAAUUGCAGUGUUUAGUAAACGUGCCUAGUUUUAAAAGGAUAAGUGCUACUCUCCUUUGUGUUUUUGUUUUUUUGCAAUCAACCUAUACUUUUUUCAAAUUUAUAUAAGGAAAAUAUAAGCCAUUUUUUGUAAUUUUGUAAUGUUCUGACCAGUUUUCUUCCUGUGUCAACUCUGUGAGGCUCAGUACAAUUAAAUGUAUUUUAAAGAGGGAAAGUUUUGUAAAAAAAAAAAAAGUGUUUAAAAGUGUGUAUUGCUUUAGAAUAAAGCUGAACUAAAUGUUAUAAAUGGUUUAAUUCUUUUUUUUAUUCAUGCUUCAUUAUGUUAUCUGUAUUGUUCAUUUAUAUUCUGUGUACAAAUUAAAAAUACUGUAUACAGUGGCCUCAAAAAGUAUUUGGACAUUUUAUCACACUUCAAAUGUAUGAAUGUUAUUGCAUAAGAUAACUUAAUGUCAAACCAAGUGGCAUUUGUAUGAAACAUAAAAUAGCACAAGCACACUUUCAAGCAAAACAUUUCUUAAAGGGAUAGUUCAUCCAAAAAUGAAAAAUCUCUCAUCAUUUACUCACCCUUAUGCCUUCUCAGAUGUGUAUGACUUUCUUUCUUCUGCCCGACAUUAAAAAAAAUAAAUAAAAAAUAAAACAAAUUAUUAAAA